AUGCCGCUCGAGGCCUGGCGCGCUCGGUGCACCCGCAGCAGCUGCCGCCUCCGCCAGGUUUUGCAGAAACUGGGCAAAACGGUGGAGACGCGAGACGAGCAGUUCGAGCAGAGCGCCUACAACUUCCAGCAGCAGCAGAGCGAAGGCCACAAGCUCUACAAGGACCUCAAGGCUUUCCUGGGCGCCGUGAAAGGUGCGGGGACCCCAACAAAUGGGCAGGUUUUCCCGCUGUUUUCGCACCCCGCAGUGAUGCACGAGAGCUCCAGGAAGGUGGCGGAGACGCUGCAGGAGAUCUACAGCGCCGACUGGGCCGGGCACGACGAGCUCAGGGCCAUCGCCGAGAGCAAUGACCUGCUGUGGGACGACUACGAGGCCAAGCUGGACGACCAGGCGCUGCGGCUCAUGGAGAACUACCUGGCUCAGUUCGGAGAAAUUAAGGUAGCCCCGUUGGCAAGCGGGGCUGGGGCCACCGUGGUGGCUGCCAACCCGGUCCCACGGUGGCCCCUUCCCACGGUGGCCGAGUCAGGACCGUCCCGCAGCCGCGUCGCCUGCUACGUGAGCGUCUUCCAGAACAUCUCCAACCUCCGCGACGUCUUCUACAAGGAGAUGAGCAAGCUGAACCGUGACCUCUACGAGCUGAUGAGCAAGCUGGAGCAGCAGCAUUCCAGCAAAGUCUUCAUCGUCAAGGGUGUUCCCGGCAACCGGCGCUCGCUGAUCAUCUCCUCGCCCGUGAGUCCCCCCCCGGCAGUCGUCAUCGCGCUCGUGUUCCUCACGCUGCUCGCGGCGCUCGCCGUCAUCGCCGUCUACCUCUACAAGAACCAGGGCAGCUACCUCACCUACGAGCAGCCCACGGCCGACGUCGCCGUGCCCAUGGAGGACGCCGCGGGCAGGGAGAAGGAGGAAUAUUUCAUCUAG